CAAGUACUCUAAAGCACGGAGGGGGGUUCCCUAGGUAUGUACCCUGUAUACAAGUGAUUUAAUAUCCGCCAGCGUCAGCUUACUUUGAAGCCACUGCACUAGUGACUUAGUACGGUACGUACUAAGAGAGGUCCCUUGUUCUGGAAAUGGUCUCCAGUAACCGACGAGGAAUCCUCCGUUCCUUGGUGGUGAUGGUGUUGGGCUGGGCGGAUGGAUACUCCAUACUUCAUACGGAGUACAUACCCGCAUACGUACAUAACUUCAGCUGCACUGUCCAAUCCAUUUGUCUAUUCGGUCCGGUGUGUGGUGCAGUUAGACUUGUCAUAAUACAUUAUUGGCGCCAAUUACCCCGUACCGUAGUCGUCGGCCAUUGGCCUGGCACAAGUCUGAUACAGAUCCUGUGCCUUAGCUUCCCCCCCACUCCGGGCGGUCUCGAGUUUUCUGAGCAAAUUUUGUGUUGCCUUGACCUGGAUGUUGUCAUCUCACUUCCCUUAGCCGAGCUUCCCGUCGUUUUUCUUUUUCUGCCCACUUCUUUCCACACCGACGAUGGUAGUAGGGUUUAUGAAGUGGCGAUGUACCCAACUUGUGAGAAAUGUAUGUGCGCGGCCGAUGGCUAUGAAACAUGUGCUCCACCAUCCACAUUCAGAAGGCAGCGAGGGCUAGAUUUGAGGCAUUAUUAACUUCAUUCUCGUCGUCGUUAUCAGGUCCAACCGGUCGGUCAGGUGUCAUUUACUGUAACCGGUAAUAUUGAGGCAACUGAGAACUUCCGAGUGAUAUGUGUAUCACCAAAAGUGAUUACUGUUUCUUUAUUUU